AUGAGAGGGGACUUGAAAACCAGCAUGAUGCCAGUGGCACCGGCAGCCCUGUUGCCUCCCCACAGAACUACUCCCAGCAAACCCAAGCUGGGCUUUUCUAUUGAAUCCAUCGUGGGUUUGGAGCCCACCACCACCAAAAACAAAAUACAAACCUCUCUUGAAGAAGAUAGCCACUGUUCUGAUGGCGAAAUUACCAGACUGUCUCCACCUCCAGCACAUAUCAAGAUGCCAACGUCCAGCAGUCCUCCCUACUAUCGGACCCCUAGUGAAGAUAUCUACUCUACUUACGGACAAUAUGGACCACACAGAGUUUUACCAACAAGGACUCCCGAUUAUCCUCACAGAGGAGAUCUGAUCCCACCUCAAGCAUCGGUGGGUGGACUUAGUUAUCCUUCUGUGAUGUCACAUUACAAUUCAGCAUUAUCCUUGGGACAUUGCCACGGACAGUAUCCUCUAACCUCAUACCUCGUCAACAGAGACUAUCCAAGUUAUCCUUGGUUGAUGGCCAGGCAGCCGCGCAUAUUGCCGUACAGGCCACAAGGUCCUCAGGGUGCAAGUUUCAUCCUCCAUCAGUUCCGGAAGCCCAAGAGAAUUCGAACGGCCUUCUCUCCGUCUCAACUCCUCACCUUGGAACACGCAUUCGAAAAGAACCACUACGUUGUCGGCACGGAAAGGAAGCAGCUUGCACAAAGUCUCAACCUCACAGAAACUCAGGUGAAAGUAUGGUUUCAGAACAGGAGGACAAAGCACAAGAGGCAGAAGCAGGAGGAAGAACAACAGACAAACCCAUCUGAUGGACAAUCGAGUGACAGAAACGACAACGAAAGCAAGGACGGACGGACUCAUUCGUUCUCUCCCAACAUAGAAGAGUCCGAUGAAUCGAUAUGCGAAGACGAUGAUGAUUGCGAUUCCAUUGAGGACGAAUCUCAAACCCACCUUUCGUGA